AUGUCGUCGCAUCCCUUAGACUUAGCAGACGAAAAGACCGAUCCAGUACCCCCUCCCGAGAUUGUCGAAGCUGUUGAGGUUUCGCGUGACCCAAAAUUCGAACGAAGAACUAUGCUAUGGGUUGACUUGCGUAUUCUCCCGAUCUUAGCCAUCAUCCAAUGCUUCUCAACCACUGAGCCUCAUAACCUGGGAUCCGCUUACGCUGCUGGCCUAGAUAAGGCACUGCACACUGUCUCUGGGCUCAGCAAACUGACGAAGUUCUUAGGAAUUGACCGUAGGCGUCCGAUACAGCAUCAUCACAUGCAUAUUCUUCGUCCCCCACAUUCUUCUGACGACCAAAUCAGGCAACUCCCUUCCAACAUGGUACUUCGUUGGAUCGGUGUCCGCGAACUGAUGACGUCCUUGAUACUCGCCUGGGGUGCCGCCCAGCUAGGAAUGGGGUUUGUCAAGAAUUGGCAACAGCUUUUAAUAACCCGACUCCUGCUGGGAAUUUUUGGAGCCCCUUUCAAUGGCGUGAUACUGUUCCUCGUGUCAUCCUGGUAUCUUCGUCAUGAAUUUCAGAAGAGGUUGGCCGCUUUAGCAAUUGUGAUUACAUUGGGGACGUCUUUCAGCCCACUGCUAGCCUACGGGUUAAGCCUCUUGGACGGAAAAGGUGGUUUGGAAGGCUGGCGAUGGAUCUUCAUUGUCGAAGGCAUACUCACAGUCGUCUUGGGAGUCCUAACUUUUUUCUUCAUACCCGGAUUCCCGGAUGAGAACAAAUUCUUAAAUGCGGAGCAAACAGCCUUUGUGAUCAAACGUAUCAAUGAGGAUCGUGGUGACGCACUUCCCGACGCGAUUACGGUUCGACAAGUGGCCGUUCACCUUCGUGAUUGGACUUUGUGGGCUUAUGGUAUUAUCGCCCUCUGCAGCUCGAUGUCAGGGACUGUAGUGGUUUACUUCCUUCCCAUCAUCCUCACUGGGAUGGGGUACGACCUCAAAGGCACCCUUCUCCGCGCAGCCGCUGUGGCAAUCUCUGGGAUUCCUGUGGCCUGCCUCCUGGCGUAUCUAGCUGACAAACUAAAGCAUCGUGGAUCGUUCAUAAUUAUCCUAGCACUCAUUUCGACAACCGGCUGUGUGCUAACUGCCUGGCAUCCCAAGGCCAAAAUCCGCUUCUUCGGAACCUUCCUGAUCAACCUUGGCGGUCUUUCCGCGGCGCCUACGAUCAUUGCGUACGGCGCUAACAAUGUCGUAUCCCACAGCAAACGGGCGGUACAAAGUCUAAUUGCAGUACUCCUUUCUCAGCUGCUCGUUGUCACCCUGUCAGGCCUUCUCAUGAUCAGGCACGCGUAUUGGAAUAGGCGCGCGCUAGAAGGCAAGCUUGACAAACCUUUGGAAGGCCAGCCAGGGUUCCUUUACACACUUUGA